AUGAAAGGACCAAAAUGGGUAGGAAAUGACCCCAAAGGGGGAGUAAAGGACCAGGAAAUGACCCAAUGUCCGGUAACGGCCGGGGGCGGGGGGAGGGCAGGAACUGCCCCGGGCGGGGAGGGGCUGGCGGCCGCCCAGGAAGGAGCAGCAGAGUCCCAGUCGCUGACCACUGCCUCCCAGUGCUUCCCAGUGCCUCCCAGGCUGCUGUACCCCUUCGGGCCGGGGGCCGGGGACGAGACCACGCCGGUGGAGGACGAUGGAAUGAGCCCGGAGCAGCUCCUCCAGGGCAGGUUCUCCUUCUACGGCAGAGCUCAGACCUCCCUCUACGUGAACAACAACGGAGUGGUCUCCUUCGGGCGGGGGGUGCCGGAGUACACCCCCAAACCCUUCCCCCUGGCCGAGCGCAUUCCCUUCGUCGCCCCCUUCUGGGCGGACGUGGACCUGCGCCGCGGGGGGAAGGUCUUCUACCGGCAGAGCAGGGAGCGCCCCCUGCUGGCCAGGCUGCGCCGGGACCUGGCCGCCGCGGCGCCCCCCCAGGGUCCUGCCCCCAGCCCCACCUGGGCCUUCCUGGCCACCUGGCACCAGGUCUCCUUCUUCGGAGCUGCCUCCAACAAGACCAACACCUUCCAGGCGGUGCUGGCCUCGGACGAGCUCAGCUCCUAUGUGAUGCUCAACUAUGGAAGCCUGCAGUGGACCACAGGCAUCGCCGACGGGGGGAACCCCCACAGCGGCACGGGGGGGCUGCCCGCGCAGGCCGGGUUCAACAGCGGAGAUGACCUCCACUACUACAACCUCCCCGGCUCCCGCACCCCGGCGGUGCUCUCCAUCGCCCGCCGCAGCAACGUCGCGACCCCCGGCCGCUGGAUCUUCCGGGUGGACGAGUUCACAGCCACGGAGCCGCCUCCCACCCCCGCCCCCAGCACCGCCGUGCCCACAGCGCCCCCCCCGGCCACCACCGAGAAGGUCUACGUCUGCAACUGGUGA